GGCUGCAUCGGAGUCACCCCUCGUUAUAUAGCCGUCGCAUCACUCACCUGCUCUUCAGUAUACUGUGAGCCUGUGACUGAGGUGAGUGGGAGGGAAAGAGGAGGAAGAUCAGGAGAUGGGGAAGGGAGGGAAAGGCGAGGCGGCGGCGGCCGUGGCCGGCGAGGGGGAGAACAUGGCGGCGUGGCUCGUGGCCAAGAACACCCUCAAGAUCAUGCCCUUCAAGCUUCCGCCGCUGGGUCCUUAUGAUGUGCGAGUCCGGAUGAAGGCGGUGGGCAUCUGCGGCAGCGACGUGCAUUACCUCAAGGAGAUGCGCAUUGCGCAUUUCGUGGUGAAAGAGCCGAUGGUGAUCGGGCACGAGUGCGCUGGCAUCAUCGAGGAGGUGGGCGACGGCGUGAAGCACCUCGCCGUGGGAGACCGCGUGGCGCUGGAGCCCGGCAUCAGCUGCUGGCGCUGCAGGCACUGCAAGGGCGGCCGCUACAACCUCUGCGACGACAUGAAGUUCUUCGCCACCCCACCUUACCAUGGAUCACUUGCCGACCAGAUUGUGCAUCCAGGUGACCUGUGCUUCAAGCUUCCAGACAACGUGAGCCUGGAGGAGGGCGCCAUGUGCGAGCCCCUGAGCGUGGGGGUGCACGCCUGCCGCCGAGCCGACGUGGGCGCGGAGAAGAGCGUGCUCAUCAUGGGCGCCGGCCCGAUCGGCCUGGUCACCAUGCUCUCGGCGCGCGCCUUCGGGGCGCCCAGGAUCGUCAUCGCCGACGUCGACGACCACCGCCUCUCCGUGGCCAAGUCCCUCGGCGCGGACGCCGUCGUGAAGGUCUCCGGCAACACGGAGGACCUCGCGGGGGAGAUCGAGCGCAUCCAGGCGGCGAUGGGAGGCGACAUCGACGUGAGCCUGGACUGCGCCGGGUUCAGCAAGACGAUGUCGACGGCGCUGGAGGCGACGCGGCCGGGCGGGAGGGUGUGCCUGGUGGGGAUGGGGCACAACGAGAUGACGGUGCCGCUGACGUCGGCGGCGAUCCGGGAGGUGGACGUGGUGGGGAUCUUCCGUUACAAGGACACGUGGCCGCUGUGCCUCGAGUUCCUGCGGAGCGGCAAGAUCGACGUGAAGCCGCUCAUCACGCACAGGUUCGGCUUCUCGCAGGGGGAGGUGGAGGAGGCCUUCGAGGUCAGCGCGCGCGGCCGCGACGCCAUCAAGGUCAUGUUCAACCUCUAGACCUCGAGACCGCUACUGUUGCUAGGGAUUCAAGCCGUGCUUGAACUGGAGCUGCGAGCGUGUCCGCGUGCGCGCGGUGUGUUGUGUGUCGUGAAAUAAAAUAAAAUGGCUGUGCAGACUGAUUUCUAUCAUGAAA